AUGACGGCCUUCAAGGCCGUGCGGGACCUCACCCUGUACCAAAGGCGGUUUCCGGUGUCCGACAACACUGGAAAAAAGUAUAUGAUGGCAUCUCCCAACAGACUAUUACCCCAGGAGGGUACCUCCGGCAUCGCCGGGGGAGAAUCCCUCCCCGUGGCUUCGGCCGCGGGCUGCCCCUCGUAUUCUGGGGGGGGCAAGGACUGCCUUUCAAAUACGACAACAACGACGACCCAGGCUAGAAUUAUGGAACUGAUAGCAAGAGAUUUGGACUCGGAGGUGACGAGGCGCCCUUCAAUAGAAGGCGUCGAACUAAAGGAAGUGAGAGUGCGGCUGGAGCGCGCUCCCAUCGCGGCGCCUAGCGCCCAACAACAGCGCAGACCGACACUCAGUGACACGUCGGAAUCCGACAUGGAGAUUGAGGCACCAGAGAACCGUGCAGACCAGCACCCCGGACAAUGGGGGAGUCUUGGUCGGAAGCGGCAUCUAGCCGCCGCGGCAGGCGAUAUAGAGACGGGUCCCUCGCCCAAAGUGGCAGGAACAAGGAAGGGCCGAGGGCGGCCGCCUACAACAGGAGACUACGUUGGGCUCGCCAAAGCGAAACGGGAGUUGGCAUUGGCCACCCGGCGACAACUCGAGUGGGAAGCGGAGAAGGACGUCGCCGAGCUUACGAUGGGGCUGCGAUCGACCAGAGCGGGGGUCCGACUCUCAGAGACCUCCGCAUCUGAAAUAGAAGACGAAGAUGAGCUGGGCUCAGUUGAACUCGGCGGACAAAUUGAGCUUGGCGCAGCGGCAGUGGCGGCCGUCUGCGACAAAUCAAGUAACCUAAAAGGGACCUCUAAAAAGGCGCUUAAGGAGGCGGUUGCGCAGAUCCGGGCGGCGGCAAAACGUCUAACGUCACGGAACGUCAAUGAGGAGACGAGGCUCCUGCGAGCGGCCAACUCCCGCCUACAGGCGGAGAUGGCUGCACUAAAGAAAGAGGUGGCUGAGCUGAAGGCGUGCGUGUCGCAGGCGGGGGUGUCACCCAAACCCGUCACAGCGGCAUGCCCGCAACCCACGGAGGAGGAAUUAGAAAACCGGAUCUUGAGCAGGCUCUCGGACCGGCUCAACGCCCGAAUAGACGGGCUAGAGCCGCGCCUAAAUCCGGAGCCUCGCCUGCGACCGGCACUGGCUCAUGACAGGCGCGAGGCGGAAGCCAGACCACCACCCCCGGCAAGCCGUCCACGCCAAACACUGGAGACUACCCAGGCGGAAUUGCCUGAAGUGCGCCUCCCUGAAACAGUCCAAUCGGGCUGGAUCAAGGUUGGCGCAAAAGGGAAAAAGAAGGCGCCCACCUCUACAUUGGCGCCGGCCGUCGCUUCUUCUUCUUCCGCCGCGGCCCAAUCUGCCCAUCCGGGCCAAAAGGCGAAGACAAAAAAGAAGGCCGCUAAAAAGAAGGGCAAGGCCAAGAAACCAGAGACGGGACGUCCCCUCCCGCCGGCGCCUGCUUCCAUGAAGGAGACCAUGGCGUCGGUGGUUAAGAGGGGCCUGAGAGAAAAGGCGCCGACUACCACCAGAUCGGUGCCCACGACGAAGAAGAAGGGGCAAGAGAAGGUCAGGUCCUCGCCUAAGCUGCGGGCCCCCAAGACCUCGGCAGUCGUGGUGACUCUACAUCCCACGGCUGUGGAGAAGGGGGUCACAUACGCCAAGGCUCUCGCUGAGGCAAAACAAAAGGUGAACCUCAAGGACCUAGAAAUUGAGAGCGUCCGCUUCAAGCGGGCGGCAACCGGGGCGUCCAUCAUCGAAAUCCCCGGUGCCACUAGCGCGCCAAAGGCGGACCUCCUCGCGGAGAGGCUUCGCGAGGUCUUCGGGAACGGAGGCGACAUCACCGUCUCCCGUCCAACUAAAAUGUCGGAGAUGAUAGUGGCGGGACUAGACGAUUCCGUCACAAAAGAAGAAGUCACAGCCGCGGUCGCGGCUAAAGGCGGAUGCGCGGCAAACUGUAUCAAAGUUGGCACACUCCGCCAGGAGAGGUCCGGUCUAUUUGCCGUGUGGGUUUCCUGCCCCGUUGAAGCCGCCAAGAGGGUGGUUGAGGGGAAGCUCCUCGUCGGAUGGGUCUCGGCCAGAGUGAAGCUCCUAGAACGAAGGGAGCUGAGGUGCUUCAGGUGCCUUCACUCUGGCCACGUCAAGGCGCGGUGUACUGCGGAGGUCGACCGGGGGCUUCAGUGCUACCGGUGCGGCCAGUUGGGACACCGCGCCGCAGAGUGUAAUGCUGCCCCCCACUGCACACUGUGUGCGGAGGCUGGGAAGGCAGCUAACCAUCUCUUGGGGAGCAAGAUAUGCUCGGCCCCCAAGAAAAGGAUGCUUAGGAGAGUAUUUGUUGCGAGCAGAGCCAGCCCGCAACAGGCACAAUCACCACCGAGCGGUGAAGAAGUAGAGAUGGAGACAGAAAACACCACAAAAUGA